GUCACGUCUUUCAGCUGAUUUUAGACGCAGAUAAACGCGAAGUCUUUGUUUAUAGCUAAAAUGAGGGUCUAUGUCAACUAUGCGUGAAAAUAGUUGUUUACGAUUGUCCACUGUCAUUUUAACCUUCAAAACAUAUUUCUGGGCUCAGCUCACCGCUUAAUUUGGCUUCAAUCCCAAUUUUAUUUAAAAACUAACGUAUUUUUUAACAACAAUUAACUAAACAACUUUUUUUUGAUCUACUUCAAGCCCCUGGUAACAGUGGCCUUCCACUCGAAGCGUUGUUUCUGUUCAGUUGGGCGGUUUUUUGCCGGACUUUCUUUUCCUAGCAAAUCUGGAUGAUAAAUUGGAAAACAUGAUAGCUGCCUCAGACCCAUUGGAGUUCAUUCCCUGUGGUCGGCAGCAAGUUGCUCGUCACCCAGGGCCGGUAGAAACAAUCUCUAAACAUACAGACUUCGAAGACUAUCUGCGAAAUGGUAUGGAAAAGGUGUCCCUUUCCGAAGAUGGGACCAAGGAAUUUUGGAGUUUGAGUAAGGCCAAAGAUGACCAAUUUCUGCCCAUUGUCGACAAUGAAGAAGUGCCCGCACUGAAAUUGAAUAAAACUUGUAAAAGUAACACAUUUUCGUCAGUUUCUAAACACCAGAUGCUUAGUGGUGUCUUAUUGGAAGAAACUACUAGUUUUAAAACGACAGAGAGUAGCCUCUAUCAAAAGAUUACGAGUAAAAGAUCUUUGGAUGCCAGCGUUAGAUUUCCUAAUAAACGAUUCUCUUCUGGAACGAUGGAUAAGAGGAAUGAUUCGAAAUAUAGUGAAGAUUUCAGCAAAAGCCGGGGUAACUCUGUGAGUCCUGAGCCUUCGAGCCCACACACUCCCAUUAAUCGUGUUGCUAUAGAAGAUGAGCUUUAUGUAAAAGGGCAAAUCGCAGUGUGGUCUCGAGGAGUUUUGAGUGAUAAUGAACAUGAUAAUGGAAGGAAGGUGAUAUGUUGCUACUCAAUUCCACUACCGAUAAAACAAGCUUUGUGGGCAACUUUCUAUUGCGAAAGGCCGACUUUUGAGCCGAAUUUAACAGAUUUAUAUUCCAAGAUAGAUAAACCAUGCGGGGUACCAAAUCCUGCAGUAUGUAUUAUAGACUCGCACCAUGUGAGAGUGUUUAUUGUGAAAGGCGAACAUUUUGUAAUACCAAUGCCGUUUCCUAUAGAGAAAGUAUGGAGUUCAAAGUUCGGUAUUUUAAUUGAAAAAGGGCUCGAUAAUGCAAAUUAUAAUGAAAACAGUUCAGCAGAUAAUUCUGGAACUUUAUUCUCAUUAGCCUAUCCUCUUGACGAUGUAUGUCCAGUGGCAGUUUCUCGAAAUUCGGCAAUUACGAAAUUAACCAGUACAAAUUAUAAAGUGGUUUAUACUAGUGAGAAUCCGAGUAUCUGUUUGAUAUUCGAUAAACAGACCAAAGAACACAGCGUUUAUAAAAUUCGCAAAGUGAAAUGCGACGAACGGGAUUAUGGGGACAAUCAGAGUGGUUGUCACAGUGUAGCGUUCAAUUCAAAUCGCCUUAAAAGUAAAUUAUCCAUGUGGGAAAAUCUUAUGACAAGUGGUAGUAUAGUUACUCCUAGUCCUAUUAGCACAAAUAAGCAGGCUUCGAGUGAUAAACAUUUGAAUACUCACAAAUCAAAGUCAUUCAGUUCAAUGGCUACAAUAAGUCGUUGUCAGUCACCUGGAAAUAUGGACAUGGACAGUCCAUGGGUAAAUCAAUCUUCCAAAAAGAGUAUUAUAAAUAGAAGUACAACGCAAAACCCAGAUAGUUUAUUGUCGAAAUCAUACUUCAAUUCUUCAAAAUGUAUGUCUCAUUUAAGAUCGAACCCUAAUAUAUGUUUGGAGUAUUUAUGGACUGAUACUUAUUCAGUACAGGAUACUCUUACAGGUUCGCCCGCUACCACAGUAUUUCUCACGGAAGAUUUCGUUGGCCAGUGGUAUCUGUGCUAUGUAUUACCUUCGCGGUUUCAACUUUCAAUCGUAAAGAUCGACUUUUCAGGCUCACAUAUAAGUUUUGGCGUUUUAACGAGUAUCAGUGCAAAGGAUGCCAUUGAACUUCCGCAAUUACAUAUGUUGGCCAUUUUGGAGCACAAUGGAAACGUUACGCUUUACUCGGGGCUUACUAUGGUAGGAAAAUUGCACAUAAAUGGAACGUUAUUGCAACAUACUCCUAUGCCGCCCGCUGGUAGACAAAACGAGGUAUCACCCUUUCCUCGACGCAGUAGUCUGCUGCCAAUGUCAAGACAAGCGGAACCAAAAUUCGAUGAGCAUCUUUUAUCCCCAGUUUUACCAUCAUAUUCACAAAAUCAAGAGUAUAUUUUACCAGCCGGUGGACAUCCAACGCCAUUGCGAUAUAGAUUUCAAGAUCGUGCAGGAAAGAAAGCCGUUCUUGUGGGCCUUAUAGAUUCCGUUGAAAACCGCUUGACUCUGAAAUACUCCAAUGGAACUUUCUAUAGAAUUACACUGUCCGUUAUUACAUAUUCUGAAUUAAUCGAGUGUUGUCUAGUGGCUCUUAAACAAUGUUUACCUAGAGAUGCUGCUCUGGUUUUAGCGUGUAGGUGGUACUCUGCUCGACACGUAAUUGGUUCUGAGGAUCUAGACACUACUCAGGAAUGGGACAUUUUUACCAGUAUUUUGUUUGAAUUACUUGGUUAUGAAGAUGACCAAAUAUGCGAUAAACCAGAAAUCCCCGCCGUAAAACGACAGAAAACGUCGCCCUCCAGCGCAGUCGAAGAUUGGUCCAAUUUAUUGAGCUCAGAUAUUGAAGUGCGAGACAUUAUUUGUGAAAUGUUUAAUUUACAAGUAUCGCCAAUCGUCGACAAACCGCCCAGUUCGAAUACCUCAAAAAUAUCUGUUAAUCCGAAAGGAAUUUUAUUUCCUCAUCUUCGGAAUAUUCACUUCACUUUGCACCUUCUCUAUGAAGACUUUAAACUCAAUAACUUAUAUGGUCAGUGCGUGCUUCCUUUGGCAAAGCUUUUAAGCCAAAUAUCCAUCAACUUGGGACUAAGAGAUUAUACAUUGCACUAUUGGAAGGAUUUCCCAAAAUAUGUAGCGGUGAAAGGUCCAAAAAUUGACGAAGCUCUAUUCAAAUGUUUUAACGUAUGGCAAGGCAUAAGCGAGAAACCUGUAAGUGUUAUGGCUCAUAUAUACAAAUUGUUAAAAGGCCACAAUUUGUUACCUUAUCCACAUUUCAUGAAUGUAAAUGGAAGAUCUCGGGAUAUUGUUCAAUUAUGUGGGGUUCUUUCCCAAUCAAACCGGGACGGAUCAUCGGAAAUCUUACUCGAUAGUUUCAUAAGGGAACUUGCUCAGCCCAUGCAGGACUCGUCUCACGUAAAGCAUCAGAAAAGCAAUACGGUAGAUUGUAGUCUCAACGAACAGGUUGCUUUACUUAUGGUUGAUAUGAAAAUUGAUACAAAAUAUAUCGAGACGCUCCCAAUCGGCAUAUAUUACUUGUUUUACAAUACUCUAUGGAGAUGUAGAGAGAAUCCUCCAACUGAUUGGCCGUCAGAAGCUUACCGUUUAAUUUGGCGAGAUGAUUUAGUUGCACAAGCUGGGAGAGUUGCAAUGGAGAAUCACAAAGUGUUGAAAGCAAAAAUAGAUUUCUGUUUUCAAUUGCAAGAAACAAUUCCUAAUACUACUAAGGAAAUCCCUCAUAUAGAUGGCAUGGAAGACAUUGAUUGUAACUUAACCAGGAUGAUCUUCCGCGAAGACAUUCGGAUCAUGGAUGCCAGAAAAAUGUUAGAUAGUUCUCAGCCAGUCACGAUAAAUUUAACGCAACGACCAGACGUCUCCGAUCAUGAUUUUAUCGAGGAAGAAGAAAAACAUUUAUAUGGAAUUUGUAUCAGAACAUUGGCUCUGCCUAUGGGAAGGGGCAUGCUAACAUUGCGCACAGCCACUCCAAUUAUAACAGAACCUUUGGCGGCUCCUGUUCUUUGCUUAACUGGCAAAGCUCCUGCCAAAGGAAACACCGUGAAGCUCAGCCACAUUGAUACACCGGCAAAUAUGAAUUUGUGGCCGUUGUUUCAUAAUGGAGUUGCUAACGGCCUUCGAAUAACUCCCGAUGCCCAAAACAUCGAUAGCACAUGGAUUAUUUUCAAUAAACCGAAAAGUGGGGCAGAUGCUCAGAUGGAACAUGCGGGAUUUUUAAUGGCAUUAGGACUCAAUGGACACCUAAAGAACUUAGUGGUAAUGAGUACUUUUGAAUACAUAGAAAAUUCGCAUGAAAUGACCAGCGUUGGAGUAUUAUUGGGACUUUCGGCAGCUUUCCGAGGAACUUGCAAUCACUACCUUUCCACGCUUCUCGCAAUACAUGUAGAAGCGUUAUUACCUCCAACCACUAUGGAACUAGAUAUUUCUCAAAAUUUGCAAGUUGCUGGAUUAUUAGGUUUGGGGCUUUUAUACCAACGCAGCGCACAUAGACACAUGACAGAGGUUUUAUUGGCUGAAAUUGGUAGACCACCAGGACCAGAAAUGGAAAAUAGCGUUGAUAGAGAAUCAUACUCGUUAGCCGCUGGUUUAGCUUUAGGACUGGUGAUGCUAAAGCAUGGCGAUCAACCAAAAGGAAUGUCUGAUUUAAGUGUAUCAGACACGUUGCAUUAUUAUAUGGUCGGCGGUAAUAAACGACCUGUAACAGGAUCACAAAAGGAUAAAUAUAAAACGCCAUCGUUCCAAAUCCGAGAAGGUUCCUCGGUUAAUCUAGAUUUAACCGCUCCUGGGUCUACUUUGGCGCUUGGGUUAAUGUAUCUGGGAACUGGGAAUAAGGCUGUAGCUGAUUGGAUGGCUCCUCCAGCAACUCAAUAUCUUUUGGACUCGGUCAGGCCCGACUUUUUAAUGUUACGGAUUUUAUCCAGAUCUCUUAUAUUGUGGGACCACAUUGAACCAUCAAAGGAAUGGGUAAUUGAUCAAGUGCCAAGCUCAAUUCGUCCUUACUGCAUGGUCACUCCUACAAAUACAGACGACACAGACUAUGAGUCUAUGAAGUAAGUGGACUUUUUAAUUCCAUUUUUUU